UGGUGGUUGAUCUACUUAAAAACUCGGCAUGAAUUUAGAAAAUAAACAAUAAAAAUUUUUCCCAUAAAAAAAUUUUAAGUAACGUUUUGCGUUACCUUUACUCGUGCCUCUGGAAGAAGGUAACAAAUGGCGUUUUAUUUCUUCAAAAAAAUAACGCCGAUAGUGACGACUUCACUUUAGAGCACUACUUAAAGGAAAGUGUACCUCCAAUUAUGGCUUUUCAUUUAGGCAGUUUGGGAUUCUUAGCACCUUUUGACUUUACCGAUUAUAAAUUAAUGAUUAAAGAAGUAUUGCAAGGAAAUUGUCAAAUGAUACUUAGGAGUCGUUUAACGUGUGUUCUGAAUAAUCCGGAUAUUCUUAAACAUGAACCUUCACAUAGCAAUGUUCUAAACGAAAUAGUUAUAGAUCGGGGUUUAUCGCCAUUUUUGUCUGCCAUAGAAUUACAUAUGGAAGAUGAACUAAUAACUGUUGUGCAAGGAGAUGGACUGAUCAUAUGCACUCCCACUGGCAGUACGGCGUACGCGUGCGCCGCUGGGUCAUCCAUGGUUAACCCAGGAAUACCGGCCAUAGUCAUAACUCCUAUAUGUCCGCAUUCUCUUUCGUUCAGGCCUAUCGUUGUACCUGCUGGGGUUGAAAUUAAGGUAACGUUAUCCCCUAUAUCUAGAAGUUCGGCCUGGGUAUCCUUUGAUGGUCAAAAUAAGCAGGAAUUAAAGAAGGACGAUAGCCUGAUCAUUAAAACGUCAAUAUACCCUGUGCCUUCUAUAUGUUUUCGCAACCAAAUAUUUGAUUGGUUUGCAGCUUUAGAGAAUAGUUUGCAUUGGAAUCAGAGAAGUCAACAAAAAAAACUUAAUCAAUAAAUUUAGAUACAUUUUUUUCAAGAAAGCUGAAUAAUGUUUGCACGUUUAAAUUAUAUACUACUAUAACUCAAUAUAAAAAAACUUCCGCCUAGAUUUUAUCU